AUGACAAGAGGGAACCAAGAUGAGCCAAUGGAAGAGGCUGAGGCAGAGCAAGAGGAGGAUGAGCUCCCCAUGCCCUUGGAAUCUUUGAGGAUGUGGAGUUGGUGCUCAAGAACAUGCACUUGGCCAAGUUCUUCUCUCACCGCAUGGAUCUACAAGGAGCUCACUUCUUGGAGAUCUGUUUGGGUUCACUAUGGAGAAGGAACCAAUGGAACAUCAAGGAAAAGAACUCCAAAGAGUUGGGCUACAAUCGCUGAUGGAGUGUACUCUUCCUCAAGGUCCAAGGCUGCUCAGAUCAGGAGCCCAGUGCUUGAGAUAUGUGCACAAGGCACUUGCCAACACCUUCUUUGCAAGGAAAGCCACUGGACAAUCAAUGAGGGAGAAGUGAAGCUCUUGACAUGGGAAUCAAGCCCAUCAUCUCACGCACAAGAUGGGAAGAAGAUCAGAGGAGAUAGGGCACACGCAGGGAACUCAUGCCUCUCCUUGAGCAGCUCCAACCUACAAGUCACAGCUUACAACACUAGGCAUCAAGAGGAAGAAAGCUUAGUGUUGGAGGGUCAUCACACCUAUCUUUGUGCAGCUGGAGUCAACUGGACAAGAGAAGGUCUACUCCACCAGGUUGGAUGGACAUCAAGUUUUGCAAGACCAACCUCCUCAUUGAGCACAAGGAGUUGGAUGGGAGAUUCCAAUUCAAGUUCACCAUCCAUUGGCUGGACCCUCCAAGCUUCUCCUGCCCAACCCUGA